UGCGGGCGAGCAGCUGGCCGCGAAUUUGCGACCCGAGUUGCGGUAUGUCCCAUUAGGAACCACGCCCCUGUUUUGUCAGGCACGCUAUGUCCUUACACGCUGCAAGGAAGCAGCAAAGGAAGCAGCUCUCACCUGGGCAGCCACAUCAGAGCAGCACGAACUGCAUAGGUACACAUGCCAGCACCGCUGCCGUUCCACACUGUCAUGGCCGACAUUGAUGCUGUUUGAGCCAAAGCUUCAUUUGGAUACUGAUCAGAGAGGUGUCCCUGAAAUAUGGCAGUCAAAUGGACUGGUGGACAUUCGUCCUCUAUAUUGUGCUUGAAUGUAAACACGGAAGGGCUGGUGGCUUCAGGCGCAGAGAGAGGCGAGCUCACGCUCUGGGAUGGGGGAGGCACUCCAGCAGGACAGCUCCAGCUCCCCACGGCAGACGACGUGACCUCCGUGGUGUUCUCUCCCCGCUGUCCCACCAGGCUGUACGCCUCCCACGGAGAAACUGUCAGCUGGUUGGAUGUUCGAUCCCUCAAGGAGCCUGUUGAACGCUUCCAUGUGAAUGAGGAGGAGAUCAACUGCCUCUCGGUGAACGAGACUGACAAUUUCUUGGCUGCGGCAGAUGACUCGGGGGCAAUAAAGGUUAUGGACUUGGAAAACAAGAAAGUCAGCCGGUCCUUGAGACACUCAAACAUCUGCUCCUCUGUUGUCUUUCGACCUCAGAGGCCUCAAAGCCUUGUUUCCUGUGGACUGGACAUGCAGGUUAUGCUGUGGAACCUGCAGAAAGCUCGCCCCCUGUGGACCACAAACCUGCAGGAGUGUGAAAUGGAGGAAGACGGUCUACAGUCACCCGGCCAGUUCUUUAACCCGCCGCUUGCACAUUCCCUGUCUGUCGCAGCAUGCGGCAACAUCUUUGGCUGCGGAGCUCAAGAUGGUAAAGUCAGAAUAUUCAGAGUCACCGGUGUCAAGUUUGAACGUGAGCUGGAGUUUGAAGGUCACAGCUUGGGAGUAUCACAGGUCCUCUUUAUGCCAGAAGCAUACUGGUUGUUGACUGGAGGAAAUGACGGGAAAGUCUUGCUCUGGGAUGUCAGCAGUGAUGUUGGAAAGCAGCAGAAAAGUCCAGCAAAAUCUCUCCAGAGGAGGAAGGCCCAAGCACCUGCUUCCACCAGAAAAGAUGGAAAGCUCAACAAAGUGGCUUCAAAUGAACAUGCUAGAGUUUCACCAAAGCUGACCAUUGAGCACGGAGAGAAGGUGAACUGGAUCUCGUGCGCAGAGCUCAAAGGCUCCAAGAGAGUAUUAGUUGCUGACCAGAGUAGUUCUGUCUCUGUGUAUCCAUUGCCAGAACCUUAGACACUGAGAUGUUUAAAGAAAUUUAUGGGGAGAAACCACUUCUCAGAGCGUUUGAAACUAGUCCAGUUACAUCCGCUGACAGUGAACUGAACGGUGAAACCUGCUGCAUCCUUUGGAAGGGGAAGGGAUUUGCUGUGUACUCACGCAAGUACUCAUGAUGUAACUGGCCUCACCUUACAUUUUCUGGUGGCUGUUGGUAUUCACUGCAGCUGUUUCUUGCAGGGUUGGCAGUUUGCUUCUUGAAUUUAAGUGAAACGGGUUUCAAUAUAUUUAGGGAUAAUAUUAGUUCAUGACUAAGCUGACAUAAUUAAGGUUGGAGGAAGAAAUUCACGCUAACGGGGACACCUACAAUGCUAAAUGAGGAUGCUGAGCAGUCAUUGGCUGAGCUCCUUGCAUUUUGAACUAUUCCAGUGCUUUACUUUACUCUCCCCAUUAAACUGUGUCAUGGUCAGCGUAAACUGGCCGUAGUGGAAAUAUAUUUUUCAUUAGUUUGUCAGCAGCUGCAUAUAAGACUAGAGAAACAUCAACUAACUAAUGAGUAAUCAAAUUACUUAAACAGUUGUUGUCAAUUGGAUUUUUUCACACUGCAGAAAGUGAAAGAGCAGGGGAAAAUGUUAACAUCAGUUUAAUGGGUCAGCUGUCUUACGCAUUUAGUUGUUUACCCCACGGAAAAAUAACUAUUAGACUUGUCUUAAUAAAUGCUUUCUCUCUCACUG